AUGAGGCAACUGAACAAUGAGCAGACAGUGGGCCGCAAUUGGGUCUCCAAAUUCAUCCAUCGCCACCUGGGGAUCAAGAUCAAGCGUGGAAGACGUCAGGAAGCCAGUAGAUUUAACGCUUUCACGCCUCAGGCGGUUCACUGGUACUUCGAUAUCAGGGAAAAGGAGUAUGGAUGGAUUAAGCCGGAGAAUACCGUGAAUGCUGACGAAGGCGGUAUUAUGUCUGGCUUUGGUUUGGAUAGCCUUGUGGUUGGGAGUGCGGACCCAAAACGGAAGGCCCUUCUGAAAGGACCACAGUCCCGCAACUGGACCUCGUUUAUUGAAGCUAUCACUGCAGACGGCCGCGCCCUUACUCCUGGCAUUAUUUUCAAGGGCAAAGAACUCCAGAAGCAGUGGUUCUUGAAGGAAUUCGGCAGAAUAGCCGACUGGCAUUAUAUAACUUCGCCUAACGGGUGGACAGAUAACCAUAUUGCUAUUGAGUGGCUUGAGAGGAUGGACAUGGAAGCCAUGCAACGGAUGCAUGGAUGGCCACGUGCUUUUUGA